UGCGGAGCAGCGGGCGGGACAUGGCGGCGGGCAUGGGGAUGCGCGGCCUCGGCCGGCAAUCUGGUGCUCUGAAAAGGAAACUCCAGUCACCACAUGGAAACCCACCCGUGAAACGCAAACGGAAAUUAUCCAUAAACACCUUCAGGAAGGGUGCCACUGAGGCUGACAGGAGGGAGGAGGGAAGCUCAUCACAAAAACCUCUUCCUAAGAAGCAGUUGACUAACAAACAAAAUGAAAGCAAGAAAAACAAACCUUCCAUUAAGACGUCCAGCCUGUUUAAAAACAACCCAGACAUCCCAGAAAUUCACAGAAAAGCAGUGCAGCAGGUGCAAGAAAAUGUUUUCACUACAGAUUCCUUCAGCCAGCUGGACCUCCACCCACAUCUGAUCUCCACAAUAAAUACUGUCCUAAACAUAUGUAGCAUGACCAGUGUUCAGAAACAAACCAUUCCUGUGCUCCUGCAAGGCAGAGAUGCCCUGGUGAGAUCUCAGACUGGUUCAGGUAAAACUCUUGCCUAUGGGAUUCCACUUGUGCAGUGUUUGCAAGGACUAGAAUCCAAAAUACAGCGCAGUGAUGGCCCCUACGCCCUCGUGCUUGUCCCAACCAGGGAGCUUGCGCUCCAAAGUUUUGAUACAAUCCAGAAGCUACUUAAGCCGUUUAUCUGGAUUGUGCCUGGAGUUCUAAUGGGGGGAGAAAAGAGAAAAUCAGAAAAAGCCAGAUUACGGAAAGGGAUAAAUAUCCUCAUUUCCACCCCUGGCCGCCUGGUUGAUCACAUCAAGUCCACAGAAUGUAUUAAUUUCCGUCACACUCAGUGGCUGAUUAUUGAUGAAGCAGACAGGAUCCUGGACCUGGGCUUUGAGAAGGAUGUGGCUGUGAUACUCAAUGCUUUAAAUGCUGAGAGAGAGACACGUCAGAAUGUGCUGCUCUCAGCCACUCUCACCGAAGGAGUGACACGCCUGGCUGAUAUCAGCUUGAGUGACCCUGUCAGCAUUUCUGUAGCAGAUGAAAUCCAGAAGGUGCCUGAAGCAGCAUCACAAACAGAUAGGGAAGCCAGCAGUUCAUCGAACUGCAUGGAGCAGGAAAACUUUGCUGUUCCAGAGACGCUGCAGCAGUAUGUCAUUAUGGUCCCCAGCAAACUGAGGCUUGUCACAUUAGCAGCUUUUAUCCUGCAGAAAUGCAAGUUUGAAAAGCGCCACAAGAUGAUCAUCUUCUUCUCCAGCUGUGAACAAGUGGAAUUCUACCACGAGCUCCUUGUACAGGUCCUUUCAGGAGGCUCAGAGUCAGAACAACCUGGAUGUUCAUCCCCCUCCUCUGUGAGCUUACAGUUUCUACGUCUGCACGGCGACAUGGAACAGGAAGAAAGGACAGAGGUCUUCCAGGAGUUCCUAAAAUCCAAGACUGGCAUCUUACUUUGCACUGAUGUAGCAGCACGGGGGCUGGACCUGCCUCAAGUGACCUGGAUUGUACAGUACAACGCUCCGGCUUCACCUGCGGAAUACAUCCACAGGAUCGGGAGGACGGCGCGCAUCGGCUGCCGUGGGAGCAGCCUGCUCGUGCUGGCGCCUUCGGAGGCAGAAUAUGUCAGCUUGCUGGCUUCUCACAAGAUUAAUGUUUCAGAGCUGAAGAUGGAGAAGGUGUUAGCAGUCCUGAUGAAAGAUGAUCGUUUCAAGGUGCACAGACCAGGAAGCAGGAAAUCCUGUGGCAAGAACCCUCAGGAAGUCCGGGAGAGAGCCACGGUCCUGCAGACAAAAUUUGAAAACUACGUCCACUCCAGCGAGGGGACUGUCCUGUGGGCAAAGAAAGCACUGCAGUCUUUCCUUUGUGCCUACACCACCUAUCCCAGCAAACUCAAGCACAUCUUCCACAUCAAAUCUCUCCACCUGGGUCACGUGGCCAAGAGCUUUGGGCUGAGAGAUCCUCCCCAGAACCUGAUUGCAGGCUCGAAGAGGAAAACCAAACCAAGACCAAAAAGGUCUGACCUGCUCAAGAAGACCCAUGGCAAACACCGCCUUGCUGAGAUCCUGCGCUCUGAAUAUUCCAGUGGGAUGGACACUGCUGAAGCCAAGGUCAAGAAGAAGAAGAGAAAGCAGAGAAAAGCUGGCAACCAGCAGAUUCCAACAUAAGCCAGGCCCUUCCAGUCAUUGGCUGUAAAAGCUGCUAGAGUGCCUCAGCUGGGGGUCAGGGUGACCUGCCAAAUCAACUGAGGAGUGUUUCAAUUUAUCAGGCAAAUGUAGGAGGGAUCCUGGGGAUCUUGGCCUCCUCCCCUUUAUUCCAUAGGUCCAAGUGGAAUGGAAUCCAGGUGUGUCCUGUUGUACUGCUGCAAUUAAAUGUGGCUUCCCAAAGAUCCACCAUUAGGUGGAUCACUGGAUUAGGAA